ACCAAAUUAUAAUCAGCUGCUGCUGCUUUGUCUAGUCUUUCCUGAUCUGAAAGAAUUUAUGUAUUCAGGCUAGAAGAGAGACCAGAGCCCAGCAUUUCCGGGGUCUCUCCUUGCGCACAUCCCCAUGGACCGCACCGUGGUACUCAUCACCGGCUGUUCCUCCGGCAUUGGCCUACACCUGGCCCUGCGACUGGCCUCCGACCCGUCCCAGAGCUUCAAAGUGUAUGCCACGCUGAGGGACCUGGCCUCACAGGGCCCACUGCUAGAGGCCGCCCAGUCCCGAGGGUGCCCUCCCGGCUCCCUGGAGACGCUGCAGCUGGAUGUGAGGGAUGCAGAUUCCAUAGCCGCUGCCCAGGCACGCGUGACCGAGGGCCGCGUGGACGUGCUGGUGUGUAACGCAGGCCGGGGCCUGGUGGGGCCGCUGGAGGCACACAAGGAGGGCACCGUGGACGCCGUGCUGGACGUGAACCUAACGGGGACCGUGCGGAUGCUGCAGGCCUUUCUGCCGGACAUGAAGCGCCGCCGCUCGGGACGCAUAUUGGUGACCGGGAGCAUAGGCGGCUUGAUGGCGCUUCCCUUCAACGCCGUUUACUGCGCCAGCAAGUUCGCGCUCGAGGGUUUGUGCGAGAGUCUGGCGAUUCUGCUGCAGCCCUUCGGGGUCCACGUGAGCCUCAUCGAGUGCGGCCCGGUGCACACCCCCUUCCCCGAGAAGGUGGAGGGCGGCCUGGGCGGGAUGCUGGACCGCGCGGACGCCGAGACCCGCGACCUCUUCUACCGCUACUGUCGCCACUGCGAGCGGGUCAUACGUGAGGCGGGUCAGGACCCGGAGGAGGUGGUCGAGGUCUUCCUCCAGGCGCUACGCGCCCCGCGCCCGGCCCUGCGCUACUUCACCACCGAGCGAUUCCUGCCACUGGUGCAGCUGCGCUUCUCCGACCCCAGCGGCUCCAGCUACCUCGCCGCUGCGCACAAGUCAGCGUUCCACGACAAGGCCGCCGAGGGCUCCGACGGCAACGGGGCUGAGGCCGAAGCCCGUAAACUGGGAGCAUCUGAGCUCCGCGCUCCUCUCGCCCCGCAAUAA